AUGCAAUUCACUACCGCAACUCUUCUCGCUCUCCUGGGUGCUGCCUCCGCCCAAAAGGUCCAUGUGGUCUCGGUUGGCUCUCCGAACGGCACUGUCGCUUUCUUCCCCGAAAGCGUCAAGGCAGAUGUCGGCGACAUGAUUCAGUUCCAAUUCCGAGGAGGAAACCACAGCGUGGUCCAGUCCAACUUCGACAACCCUUGCACGCCUCUCGCUCAGUCCACCUCCAACCAGACUGGCAUCUUCUCUGGUUACCAACCCGUCGCAGCUGGCCAGUCCAGCGGCAUGAUCCCUACCUACACCAUGAUGGUCUCUGUCAAGACUCCCCAGUGGUUCUACUGCUCCCAAGGCAAGCACUGCCAAAGCGGAAUGGUCUUGGUAGUUAACGAGAACACCGCUGCCAACUCAUCCCGAAGCCUGUCAGCUUUCAAGGGCCUUGCCGCUAAGGCUACUGCCAACAUCGCCCCCGGCGCUGUUACCGGUGGUACUGCCGGCAACAGCACUACUGGUGGCUCUACCGGUGGCUCUACCGGGACUGGCUCAGGAUCUGGGUCCGGUUCUGGGUCUGGGUCGAGCUCCGGCUCUACCUCAACCACUGCCUCCGGCUCCAGCCCUACCUCGAGCACCCCUGCCUCUGGUGCCUCGGACAGCGCGAUCCCGACUGCUGCCGCAAGCAUGGUCGGCGCCUCCAGCUCGAUGGGGCUUUUGGGUGUUGUCGCUGCCCUACUAUUCCUAUGA